AUGGUUGAAGAAGAAGUCAGACAUCCUCCGAGAUAUGCGGGCUUUAUUGCCGGUGUGUUUUCGGGAAUGAUGAAAAAUGCUGUUGGGCAUCCGUUUGACUCGGUCAAAGUCCGUCUGCAGACCUCCGAUGGACGGUUCAAAGGUCCUUUAGAUUGUACGUUGAAGACUCUCCGAUACGAAGGUAUUCGCGGUUUGUACAAAGGCUUCACUCCUCCUCUGGUAGGAUGGGUGCUCAUGGACUCUGUCAUGCUUGGAUCUCUCACUGUGUACCGUCGGCUGGUGAAAGACUACAUCUAUCCCGACGAAAAGAAGAUGCCUGUCAUCGGCCACUCUUUAGCAGGUUUAGGAGCAGGAAUAACCGUGUCUUUUGUUGCGGCACCAAUAGAGCAACUCAAGGCCAGACUUCAAGUGCAAUACGACGCCAAGUCCAAAGUGUACACGGGUCCUAUCGAUUGUCUUGUCAAGCUGGUCAAACACGACGGACUGCGGACCAUCUACAAAGGUCUUAUUCCAACCAUGAUUUUCAGAUCCAACUUUGUGGUUCUGUGGGCGGCGUACGAGGUGCUGACCAACUGGUUCAAGGCCAACACGCAGCUCAGCAACGCCGCAAUCAACUUCUGGGCAGGCGGGUUCAGCGCGUCGUGUUUCUGGGUCACCGCGUACCCGGCCGACGUUGUGAAAAAUGUCAUUAUGACCGAUAGCGUGGAGAAUCCAAAGCUCAAGAAAUACUCGGACGCUGUGAAGUACGUUUACAACGAGCGAGGAGGGCUGCGCGGGUUCACGAGAGGAUUUGUGCCGAGUAUCCUGCGUAGUUUCCCGGCCAACGCAGCCGCCCUGGCAACGUUCGAAGCGGUGAUGAGACUUCUAUAG